UUGAAAAAAAGUGUAACCGCCAAAGUGGAGGCGACGGAUUGUACAACGUACGGGGUAUACGGAGCGGCGACGGAGACUGCUGUGUGCUGCAAGCUGGAGCGGCCUUCUCCUGCACUGCUGACAUGCAAACGCCUAGCGAUGGGGUGUUAACCCCCAGAAGUAGGUCAUCGGCACGUCAUUUUCACAGCUCGAGGUAUCCUCCCGGAAGCUUGACCUCUGCACGUCGACGAUCUGCAUUGCGAAGCUUGUCUAAAAGAAAAAUCCCGCAGUUCACCCCCUUGGAGGAAACUCUUGAUCCGGCACAGGCUGCUCUGCUCCUUCAAAAACAAUGGACCUUGUACAGCGUGACCCCGAUGUAUAACUUCUCAUACACCAGACUGAAAGAGUAUUCCAAGCACCUGUCUGCCCACAUAGCUGCCGAGAAGCAGAAGGGUCUUGCCGUUGAAGUGGGCUCAGAGCUGAACCUAAAAGCCACAUUUUCCUGUUUACCUGGACUUAAAGGAAAGGACAGAGAUCCACUGGCUGUGCUCAUACAGAUUUCAUCCAAGCCUCCUCUCACCAAGGCAAGCACAGAGGACCGGGUUGUGUGGACAGGUUGGUUCUGCGGGACGUACACAGAGGACGAUCUAUUGGAGGUGAUACCAGACACCUUUACUUGCCUCCCGCUCUUCCUGUAUAACGGCUCCGAGGCGCUCACGGCCAUCGUAGGUACGUGGUUCCAAAGAAACUUUGACUCUUGUUUUGGCAAGUUGGUGAUCAGUUCUCAGGACCUUACGUGGCUAGCGGCGAUGUGGACCGGGUAUGACGUGUCUGGAUCAGUGUCGGCCACAGAGCUUGUUUUCUCUGUGCCCGUCGAACCUCGCAUGGACAUUUCUUAUGCCAUCCACGCAGAGGACUUCAAGACUUUAUGGAAAAAUAUUCAUAAAUCAAAGGACGAGGUCACGUUGGAGGAAGUGGACAAUUUAUUCCAAUGUCUUUACUCGCAUUUCUUCAGACACUUUAGAAUCCACUUAUCAGCAACCCAGCUCAUCAAGGUGACGGCAUCUGUGGCGUCGGCGCAUUGUGAAGGAAAAGUGAAGUUCCUCAGUAAGGACUACCUAAUCCGAGUGCUGGGAUUCAUCACUGAGCUGGCCAUCAAUAACAUCCAGUAUUAAACACACGGACGUGGUCACCCCGAUACUGCCCGCCAAUCCAUUCUUGUUGAUGAAGCACUUUUUUUUUUCCAGUUUGUCUUUUAAAUCUUGUU